CUGAAAUGUGACACAUAUAUACACCGUUGUUUAUAUAUAUAUAUAUAUUUCAUAUUACAUAUAUAUAUAUAUCUAAGGUGCACGAUACCGAUCUGGAAUAUAGCAAUCAGGAGGAGACCCUAAAGCAACAUUUAAACCAUCGCAAUGGAUUUCAUUCUAGUUCUCUGCUUCUUGUCUUCAGUUGCUGCGGUUGAAGAGACCCUGAUGGACACUCGAACUGCCACUGCUGAACUGGGCUGGACAGCAUAUCCUGCAUCUGGGUGGGAAGAAGUAAGCGGAUACGACGAAAAUCUGAACACGAUCCGCACAUACCAAGUCUGCAAUGUCUUUGAAUCCAACCAAAACAACUGGCUGUGGACUACUUUCAUAAACCGUAGGGGAGCCCAGCGGCUGUAUGUGGAGAUGAGGUUCACGGUGCGAGACUGCAGUAGCAUUCCCAAUGUCCCUGGCUCUUGUAAAGAAACGUUCAAUCUGUAUUAUUAUGAGACGGAUUCCGGAUUGACUAUUAAAGGCGCUGCGCUUUGGACAGAGAUGCCGUACCUCAAAGUCGACACGAUCGCUGCUGACGAAAGUUUCUCCCAGGUGGACUUCGGCGGGAGGUUGAUGAAGGUCAAUACUGAAGUGCGCAGCUUCGGCCCCCUGAGCAAAAACGGGUUCUACCUGGCAUUCCAGGACUACGGGGCCUGCAUGUCCCUGCUGUCCGUCCGUGUCUUUUUCAAAACCUGCCCCAGCGUCAUUCAGAACUAUGCCGUGUUCUCCGAAACCAUGACAGGCACGGAGAGCACCUCGCUGGUCAUCGCCAAGGGCACCUGCGUUCCCUUUGCCAAGGAGGUCGACGCACCCAUCAAGCUGUAUUGCAAUGGUGACGGGGAGUGGAUGGUGCCCAUCGGAAGCUGCACCUGCAAGGCAGGCUACGAGCCUGAGAAAGGAGUGGCGUGCAAAGCUUGCCAUCCAGGCACAUUUAAAGCAAAGCAAGGAAGUGACCCUUGCAACCCCUGCCCCGCCAACAGCAGAUCCUUGACGGAAUCGGCCGAUGUCUGUAUCUGCCGAAACGGAUAUUACAGAGCGGAUUUCGACAUGGCAGACCUGCCCUGUACAAGUGUUCCUUCAGGCCCACGCAACGUGAUAUCCAGCGUGAAUGAAACCUCCAUUAUCCUGGAGUGGCACCCGCCCCGCGACGUUGGUGGCCGGGAUGACGUCAUGUACAACAUCGUCUGCAAGAAGUGCAAUGGCAACCGCAAGUCCUGCACCCGGUGCGACGACAAUGUGGAGUUCGUGCCGCGCCAGCUGGGGCUGACCGAGACCAGAGUGUUCAUCAGCAGCCUCUGGGCCCAUACCCCGUAUACGUUUGAGAUCCAGGCGGUGAACGGAGUCUCCAGCAAAAGUCCCUACUCCCCACAGCACGUGUCCGUCAAUGUGACCACCAACCAGGCUGCUCCCUCCACUGUUCCCAUUAUGCAUCAGGUGAGCUCCACAAUGAGUAGCAUCACUCUGUCGUGGCCACAACCGGAGCAACCAAACGGGAUCAUCCUGGAUUAUGAGAUUCGAUACUAUGAAAAGGACCAGAAUGAGUAUAAUUCUUCGGUGGUGAAGAGCCAGACAAACACGGUGCGAGUCGAUGGGUUACGGCCUGGCAUUGUCUAUGUAUUGCAGGUGCGAGCCCGGACAGUAGCUGGUUAUGGCAAAUACAGCGGGAAAAUGUGCUUCCAGACACUGACAGAUGAUGAUUACAAAUCCGACCUGAGGGAGCAGUUGCCGCUGAUCGCUGGCUCUGCCGCCGCGGGGGUGGUUUUCAUCGUCUCACUGGUUGCCGUCUCCAUCGUCUGCAGCAGGAAGCGAGCGUAUGGGAAGGAAGCCGUGUACAGUGAUAAACUUCAGCAUUACAGCACAGGUCGUGGUUCUCCCGGAAUGAAGAUCUACAUUGAUCCAUUCACUUAUGAGGACCCAAAUGAGGCCGUUCGGGAGUUUGCCAAGGAGAUUGAUGUCUCUUGUGUGAAGAUUGAGGAAGUAAUUGGAGCAGGAGAAUUUGGAGAAGUGUACAAAGGGCGACUCAAACUACCUGGCAAGAGAGAAAUCUAUGCUGCUAUCAAAACCUUGAAGGCUGGCUACUCGGAGAAGCAGCGCAGAGAUUUCUUGAGUGAGGCGAGCAUAAUGGGGCAGUUUGAUCACCCAAAUAUAAUCCGCCUGGAAGGGGUGGUGACAAAAAGUCGUCCUGUCAUGAUCAUUACUGAGUUUAUGGAGAACGGAGCUUUGGAUUCAUUCCUGAGGCAGAAUGAUGGGCAGUUCACGGUAAUCCAGCUGGUGGGAAUGAUGAGAGGCAUCGCGGCAGGGAUGAAGUACCUGUCCGAAAUGAACUACGUCCACCGGGAUCUCGCCGCACGAAACAUUCUGGUGAACAGCAACCUUGUGUGCAAAGUGUCAGACUUUGGCCUCUCUCGCUACUUGCAGGACGAUACCUCAGACCCCACCUACACCAGCUCUCUGGGCGGAAAGAUCCCUGUGAGAUGGACGGCACCAGAGGCGAUAGCGUACCGAAAAUUCACUUCAGCCAGUGACGUUUGGAGUUACGGAAUUGUGAUGUGGGAAGUGAUGUCAUUUGGAGAAAGACCCUAUUGGGACAUGUCAAACCAAGAUGUCAUCAAUGCUAUUGAGCAGGAUUACCGCCUUCCGCCUCCGAUGGACUGUCCCGCUUCCCUGCACCAACUCAUGCUGGACUGCUGGCAGAAAGACCGUAACGCCAGGCCUAAGUUCGCCCAGAUUGUCAACACUCUGGACAAAAUGAUUCGAAAUCCAGCCAGCCUCAAGACCAUGGCGACCAUCACUGCAGUGCCUUCCCAGCCUCUAUUAGAUCGUAGUGUCCCGGACUUCACAACUUUUACCUCGGUGGAGGAAUGGCUUAGUGCCAUCAAGAUGAGCCAAUACCGAGAGAACUUCCUGAGCGCUGGCUUCUCCUCCCUCCAACUGACCACUCAGAUGACGUCAGAGGAUCUGUUAAGGAUAGGGGUCACUUUGGCUGGUCACCAGAAGAAAAUACUGAACAGCAUUCAGUCAAUGAGGGUACAAAUUAGCCAAGCUCCAUCGGCAAUGGCAUGACAGCAGGGAAGCACGGGACAUGUCUAAAAGCACUGGAGGAAAGCGAAACAAAGACACAGACUAUUUCUCAUGGGCUUGACCAUUCUUAUGAAGGAAACGUAUUGUUACUGUCUAUCAGAUUGAUCCUCGGCCUAUUCAGAAACCUUGUAUUCCUCUACUAAAGACAAAGCAGAUUGAAGACCCCAAUCAGACUCGACUUUCUUUCCCCUCUCCCUUCAUUAAUUCAGGGCCUGCGAAACUGGAAUCAAUGAACAUCCCAUUUCUCCCAAAGAAUGAAGUAGAACCUUCCAUGCUGUGAUAUUCUUCGAUGUUUCUUAAAUACACUUUCUCUUUCUCGAAUGGUGUUCUCCUGACAUCAUUGCCAAGGGACUGGCUCUUGUCCUACGACGGAUUCCGAAUCCUUUUAUAUCUUCAUAUUGAAGAUGAUGAGAACUAAUCAUUCGUUUGCUUGCAUUUUCUGCAACUACCGCUGUUGUUUAAUAGCAAUGACUUUGAACACUGGCUGAUCACCAGCCGGCUGUGGUUGUACAAAGGGGAAUAGGUAUUUAUCAUACAGGACUCUCAAGGCUGUGCUUGUGGCUGGGAUGCCAUCUAGUUGGGCUCAAUAUUAAUUGUUUUGAUUGACGUUGUACAGAGAAGCUGUGAUUUUGGAAAAGCGGUGCACGUUGACGCCAGUGUGGACAAUUUCCCCAAACCCACUCGCGAUGAGGUGCAGUCGAAUGACUCUGUGCAGUACCUUCAGUCUUGUGCUGCACUGCUCAUUAAUGGACUCAUUGUAGACUUUUCCUUUGUGUUGGUGCUUAUUGAAGCUCCAGUGAUGUAGAUUUAACACAGUGUUCCGAACUUCGCUGCUUCAACUUGCUGGAAGAGCCGACGGAACGACAGGACUGAAUGUUUGAAGUGGUCACGCACCCCUUUAAUUCAACAGGACUUCAAAAUGGAUACAUUAUGUCCGCAGUACCUUCUCUCCCAUGAUUUUGCGCACUUACACGAUGGCUCUCAGAUGUAUAAAACGUAUUGGCAUGUUGCAAGCAGCACAUUGUAAAUACAAAGUGAAAAGCUGUGGAAAAAAAACAGCUUUUUUUGUUUCCUUGUACAUUUCUAGUUUGUUAUCUGUGUGGAGUAUGUUUAAGUUUGUAACAGUAACUUUCAGAAAAUAUUGUACUAAAAUGCACUCAAUAAAGAUGAAUCCAACAUGAUCCAACA